AUGAAUAAAAGCAGCCUGAGUUCAUCUAAAAUAAAAUUAUUGUCUUCAGGUGCACCUAUAGAAGUUGUUCCAAAUGAAAUAAUUUUCAAAGAUAUUCAGAUAAAUUAGACAUAUGAAAUUGCUGUGUAUAUACGUAACUUGACACAGAAUGCUCGUAGAAUUAGAGUGUUUCAACCUCAUUCACAUUUUAGAUGUGAUUAUGAAAUGCAAGGGUAAAAGGUCUGUAUAUUUAAUGUAGUGCAAUAGCAGCUGGACUUUCUAUGAAAUUAAUUGUCACUUUUGAAACAGCCACUCUGGAUACAUUUGCAGAUUAAUUAAAGAUUGUUACUGAUAGUUAGUAUAGUAUAAAUAUUCCAUUACAUGCAUUUCCAGCAUAAGCAGCGUAUUAAAAUAUAAUAAAUAAGGAUUAUUUAUGAGCCAUUUAUAAAUUUAGGAUUUGUGAGAGUAGGUAAAGAGAAAGUGGAUAAAAUACAUUUUAAAAAUGAAGGAAAGGCAUCAGGAAGAGUAGAAUUGAAAUUAGAUAGAAUAGUAGAAUUUAGAAUUGAACCUAAUUCAUUUACACUUACACCAGGAUAAGAAUAUACUGUAACUGUAUUCUAUAGACCAAGAGAGGCAGGAAUAUUUAGAGGAAUUAUUGAAGUAAUAGCAGAUGGUUAAUAAAGUGGAUUAAGUUUAAAAAAUCCAAUUGAUAUUAAUGCAACAUCAAUUGAAUUUACAAGAUUCUUAAUUGAUUAAAAUGGAACAUAAAGUAAUCAUUUUAAUUUUGGUACAAUGUUUUAUGGAUAAUAAAAAUAAAUUGAAGCUUAUUUAAUUAAUAAUACACCUAAAUAAUAGAGAUUUAAAGCAAAAUUAAAAAAAGGAUUACAUGAAAGAGAAGAAACAUUAAAAUUAUAGACACCAGCAGAAUUAGGUUUAGAAUAAACAGAGAGAAUUAUGGAAUGUUGGCCAGAAGAAGGAAUGAUUGAAUAAUAUUCAUAAGUGACAAUAAUAUUUAAAUGUAAACCUAAAGUUAAUGAGGAAUUGUAAGUUAGAACACGUUAAUAUGCAUUAAAUUAAGAUAAGAAAAUGGAAUCAGAAAAAUUUGAUUAUUCAGCAAUAUUUGAUUUUAAUGAUGAUGAACCAUUAAUGAGUCAUCUAUCUGUUAAUUGUAUUUGUCCAUAAAUUAAAUUCCCUCCUACUUAAACAUUAUAAUUUGGAUAAUGUGAAGCUAAUUCAACUAAAGAUAUUGUAUUUGAAGUGUAAAAUAUGUCUAAAGAAUAAUCUAUUUUAAUUGGAUUUCCAACAAUACCUUAUUUUACUGUAAAUCCUUAAUUAAAAUAAUUGUCUAUAAAUGAAAAAGUUAAUUUUUGGGUAAGUUUUAGACCAAAACAUAUUGGUUAAUUUUCAAAUGUAUUAAAUGCAGAAUUACUUGGUGGAGUAUUCAGGAUUCCAAUAAAAGUGACAGGAGUAUGUUCAUAAAUGUUACCAAAGCCAUAAUUUAGAAAAGGAGCUGAAUCUGAAAGAUAAACAUUAGAAAUAUCUAAAGAUAGAUCUAUAUCUGGAAUUAUUAAAACAUCAACAGAUUAAGUAGUACAAUCAUUUGAGAUGUCUUAAUCUUUAGUUUCAUUGUCUUAAUUAAGUAUGGAUAAAAUUGAAGAGAUGAAAAAACAUAAUAAAGAGAAAUAUAAUGAGUAUUUGAAAUAACAUAGAGAAUAAAGAAUUAAGAAAGAUAAAGAUUCAUAAAUAAAAUUAAAAUUUAAGUAGAUGACUGAAAGGAUGAAUUAAAUAAAAAAUGAAUCUUUAAUACUUAAAAAAAAGAAAUAAUAAACAACAGUAGAAGAUAAACUUGAUCCACCUAUUGAUUAUGAAUUUGCUGUUGGGAUGAAUGAUGAUGUUUAUGAAUAAAAUUUAAAUUUACCAGAUGCUAAUGAAUCAUUAUUUGUUACUAAACCUAUAUAUCAUUAUGAACCAUAAACAAGAGUAAAAGAGGGUAAUGUUAUAAAACCAUUUGAUCCUGAUCCAAAGACAGUACCUAAAAAGAAGUUUCCAAGUGAACCAAAAACACAUAGUGAAAUUAGAGAUACUACUACUGAAUUAAAUGCUCAAUAAUUAUUAAAGAUUUGUGCAGGACCAGUUAAAAUGGAAUUUGGUAAUAUAUUUGUGAAAUCUAUGGCAAUAAAAUAUUUUUAUGUAAGAAAUGAAUUACGUAGUUCAAUAUCUGCAAGAAUCUAUUCUGAUAAAGAAGAUUUAGCAAAUACAUAUAUGAAACCUUAAAUAAUACCAAGUGGAUAAACUGCUGGAUUUGAUAUUUGCAUUUGUUCUAAAUAAUUAGGAAUGUUCAAAUCACAUUUAAAAUAUAUAAUCAAUGAAAAACAUAUUUUUGAAUUAUAGGUUUAAGCAAUGGUUGAGAAAGUAUUCUUAGAAAUGAGUAGAUAAUAAUUGAAAUUAUCAUUUACUGAAGAUAAUGCAGAAAUGGAAACAUCUGAAAUCUUAAGAUUAACUAAUAAUGGUAAUGCUGAAGCUAAAUUUAAAUGGAUUACAUCAGAAAAGAAAUUAUUCUAUGUAAAACCAGAAGAAGGAGUUGUUGUUUCUGGUAAACAUUUAGAAUGUUAGGUAUUUUAUAGACCCUCAUUUGGAGGAAGUAUAUAAUAUAUUCAAUAAUCAACAGGAUAAUAACAAUAAUAUACAGCAGCAACAACAAAAACAGAAGAAGAGAAAAUUACAUUAAAAACAGAAGAAGGUAUUGAUUAAACAAUUAAAUGUAUUGGUAUUGUAACAGAACCAAAAUGUUCUAUUAAAUAAGGUUAAUUAGAUUUUAAGGAUGUUAUUUUAUGUAAACCAGAAUCCAAAUUAAUUAGUAUUAAAAAUCAUUCUAAAUCUACUGCUGUUUUUUCAAUAAAAUCAUAAAUUGAAUGUUUAGAAAUAAUACCUAUGAAAGGGAAGAUACUCUCUGAAGAAACUAAAGAUAUUCAAGUUAAAUUCUUUAGUAAAGAAGAGAAAUCUAUAAAAGGUGAAAUUGUAAUAUAAAUAAGAGGAGGUAAAAUUAUGAAUAUUCCAUUUUCUGCUACAUCCAUAAUCCCAAAAGUAGAAAUUGAAUAAGACAUCUUUGAAUUUGGAAAUGUUACUACUUUAGGUACUAGUAAUUCUAUUCCUUUGACAUUUAUUAAUUCUUCUCCUGUGACUGUUGAAUUAAUUUUAGAUUUAAGAACAUAAAAUGAUAAUCCAAGAGCUCCAGAUGGAAUUGAAUGUUUAGAAAUUAAACCAAUAGAUGAAGAAGAAUAAGUUAUGCAUUCUAUUCAUCCUGAUUAAGAAGAAGAUGAACCUAAAGAAGAGGAUCCUUUAGAUGAUGUAUCAGAAAAGUCAGAACCUAUUGAAAUAGAAUAGAAAUAAUUCAAAUAAUAUAAUAUUACUAUUGCAGGAGGAAAGACUCUUUAAUUUAAUAUGAGAUUCUCACCUAAAGAUGUUAAAUAAUAUUCUUUUGAAAUUCCUAUUACUUUAGCUAGAUAUGGUCCAUUACCUUCAUUAAUGAGGAAAGUGACAUGUCGUGGACUUAAACCUAAGUUUUUGAUUGAACCACAAUAAAUAGAAUUUAAAAAGAAGAUCAUUACAUCUCCUGAUAAAUGUUUUCCUACAAUUGAAGAAAUAAAAUUAUCAAAUCCAGAUAGAAAAGAUGUUCAUUGGAAAAUUGAUUGUCAAUCACUUAAAUCUGAAAAGAUAUUUGCUAUUGAACCUAAUGAAGGUGUAGUUCCAAGUGGAUAAUAAAUAAAAAUUAAAGUAAAAUUCAAUCCUUAUGGACCUGGAUAAUUUAAUGGAAUAGUAUAAUUAUACAUACUUGAAGAUCCAGAGAUUCCAUAAACAUUACCUUAUGUUGAAAUUACAAUGAGUGGAUCAGGUGCAUAUCCAAGAUUAUUAUUUGAUAAAAAAGAAGUGAUAUUACCUGUUGUACCUUUAAACAUAUAAUCUAGAUGUUAGUUUAGAAUAAUUAAUGAUGGAUAUGAAAAUUUAAAUAUUAAAUAUAAUUGGGCUUAAGAAAUUAGUAAUUAUAAUUUGGAACUUAAAUUUCCUGAAGGUUCUACUUUAGGUGUUGCUAAAAAUAAAUUAACUGUUGAAGUAGUAUUUAGUAAUAAAAAACCAUUAAGUUUUACAACAAGAGUUGAAUUUAUUGAUGAAGCUAGAGUAUAUAUAUUAUAUAUAUCUGGUACUACAGAUAAUUGUAUAUUUACAAAUUAAAGUUUUUUAUGGAGAAUGGGUAGAUAUCAAUUUGAAGUUGAAGAUAAAAAGCCAAUCAUGUAUGUUGAAGAUGAAAAUUUAGAUUCAGACAAUGAAAAGAAUCCUAAACAUAAUUUUUCUGUUAAAUCUACUACAUCAUCUAAAGGAACUGCAAAUUUAGGUUAUACACCAAUAAGAAGAGAUUUGUUAGAAUAAGCAAAUGAAUAUAUUGUUAGAUGGCUUAAUUAUCAUGUACUUACUACAAGUAUUAGUACAUAUCCAGAAGAUGUAAUUAAUUCUAAUGGAUAAUAAAUUUUUGAAUUAAUUACUUUUCUAACUGGAAAAACAACAUUUUCUUAUAAAUAGAAUAUUGAUCCUAAUUGGAAGAAAUCCCAAAGAGCUGAUGUUCUUUAUAAAUAAUAUGAUGAAUUAAUAAGAUAACUUAAAAUUGAAGGAGCUUUACUCAAUCAUAUAAGAUCAGAAUAUUUAUUAGGUUAUCCAGAUUAUUUAGCUUGGCUUAAGAAUUAACCUCCUUCUAAAUAUGAAAAUAUUCCAGAAAAUCUUUUAAGAUUAAAUCUCACUAAAUAUACUUAUAUUUAAUAUGAUUCUUGGAUAUCAUUAUUUUAUUAAAUACUAAAGAUUUAUUAUCUGAAUAGAAUUACAGCUAAAUCCUUUAAGACUUUACCAGGAAUUCCACAAAAUAAAUUGAAUAUUCCUGAAUAUUAUUUAGAUGGAUCUAAUGUAAUUUCUUAACCUGAAGGUAUUCUACUAUAUUUUUAUGAAAUAUGUUAUGAAAUCUAACAUUCUGCAUAAAAAAGAAUUAAAAAUUUUGAUCUAGAUUUUAAAGAUUCAAUCUUUAUAUCAGAUGCUUUAACUACAUUUAUUGGACCAUCAAUGUCUAAAUUUUUUGUUAAUUUAAGAAAUAUAUGCAAUAGUGAAGAUGAUUAUAAACAUAAUACAGAAAAACUAUUUCCAGCUUUAUAAGAUUUUGGAUUAUAAUCUCAUUUAUUACCUUAAGAUAUUUAUCAUCCUAAUUGUAGAGAAAUGAUAAUGAUGUUAGUUUAAUUCUUUUUUGCUUUACCUUAUUAUGUACCAUAAAAAGAUCCUAUAUUUUUUUCAUGUGUUCUUGGAGAAGAGGUUAUUAAAAGUAUUGAACUUAAAAACCCUACUCAAAAACCUAUUAGUUAUUGGGUUAAAUAUGAAGGUCAUCCAGAUUUUCAAUUAGAUGGAGAUGAGAGUAUUAAAAUAGAACCAGAUGUACCUUAUUAAUAUAAAAUUAAAUUUACAUCUCGUAUUUCAUAACCUGUUACUGGUAGAGUGAUAUUUACUAAUAAAAAAGAAUCAAAUGUAUAAGCAGCAGCUUUGGUUUUUGAAUUAAAAUCAAGUAUAACAGGAAGGAAAUCUGAAAAGUAAUGGAAUGUUAGUUCAAUUUUAUAUGAGAUUUUUGAUUUUUAAAUAUAGAUAACCAAUAAAUUUUUAUUUGAUGGAGACUUUUAAAUAAUAAUAACACAUGAAAAAAAAUAAUAAGAUUAAUAGAAGAAGAAAGGUAAAUAAGUUAUAUAAUAAAUAUAAUAAUAAAAUUAAGAAGAAGAAUUUCCUGCAUUCUUUUGUUAAUAGGAUAGAAUUAGAAUAAGAAAAAAUUAAACAAUAAAUUUAAUUUUAUAAUAUAUUCCAUUAAUUAUGGAAACACAUAAAUGUUAAAUUGUAUUUACAGAUCCUCAAGUAGGAGAAUUUUAACAUGAUUUAUAAGGAACAGUAGAAUUACCUAAUAUAUCAGGUGAAUUUAAACCUGAUAAAUUAUUAUAUGUAGAAUAAACAAUUCAAAUUCCUUAUUAAAUUCCAUUUAAAAAUGAAUAAAUUUUAAGAGCAAGAUAAUAAAUAUUGUAAAUUAUGUAAUAUAAAUAAAAGAUAAAAUAAUAAUAAAAUAUAGCAGAUAAAACAAGUUCAUCCAAUAAUUUUUUAAAUAAUCCUAAUUUCCCUGGAAGUAAUUCAGAUUAAAUUACAUUUGAAUUAGAUGUAUUUCCAGCAACAUAAUAUGUAUAAGUACCUAACACACUUACUGUUGCAGAUAGUACUAAAAAAUCAACAGAUAGAAAUAAUGAUGGUAAAUUACCUAUAACUUAUGCAUUUAAAAAUGCUACUAAAGAUUUUAAUGUUAUAUUAACAUUAAAAAAUAAAUUUGAUAUUAGAAGAUAUAAAUUAACUGCUCAAGUAUUACCAAAAGUAGUCAAAGCAACUUUAGAAUUUAGAAUACCAGCUAGAUAAUAAGUAAUUUAGGAAGUACCAAUAGUUAAUGGAUCAGAUAAAGAUUGGGUUAUUAAAGUAUAAUUAACUUAAUCUGGAGAUAAUUUAUUUUAAUGUCCAAAUAAAGAAUUUAUGAUAAAAAAGAAAACAACUGGAUAAUUUCCAAUUACAUUUCAUCCAUAAUGGAUAGCUUAAAGUGAAGCUAAAUUAAUUUUGAGUAAUCCAAUAACUAAUGAUAUGUUUGAGUAUGAUUUAAUUGGAAUAGGUGAAGAACCUGUUGCAGAAGAACAUAUAAUUUUAAAUUGUACUCCAAGAAAGUUAUUAAAAAGAGAUAUUGAAUUGAGAAAUUUGACAGAUAAAUAAAUAGUCUAUAAAGUUGAAACUGAUUUGAUUUAUGCAACAGGUCCAUCUUAAAUUAUUGUUGGAGCAGGUAAAAAAGCUAUUUAUUAAUUAACUGUUUAACCAAUUUUAUCUGGAUAAUAUACUGGAUCUAUAACAUUCACAGAAGAGAAUGGAAGAUAUUUAUGGUAUACAGUAUUUAUGAAUACAGAAUCACCUAAAUCAUUACAAACAUUAGAAUUAUCUUGUUUAAUAAGAUAGGCAACUGUGAUUUAAUUGACAUUAUAAAAUCCACUUCCAGAAACAGCUAUUUAUGAAGCAAUAAUUAGUGGUGAUGGAUUAAUAGGAGAAGAUUAAUUUGCUAUUGGAGCUAAUAAAGAGGGUCUUUAUGAAUUGACUUUUGCUCCUCUUAAAGUAGGUAGAUGGAGAGGAAGUGUUGCAUUUGUAAAUAGAUAAUUAGGUGAAGUAUGGUAUGAAUUCAUAUUGACAUGUGAAGAAUAACCUGUGAUAAAAUUAAAUCUAUUAAAGGCAUCAUUAGGAAAAGUAGAAUAAUAAGUAGUUAUACUUGAAAAUCCAUCUGAUUAAAAAGUAACCUUAUAAUGUAGAAUAUCUAAUCCUACAAAUUUUGAUAUAUUACCUGAUGAAUUAAUCAUAUAACCUUUUGAUUAUCUAAAAGUUAGUAUAAGAUAUACUCCUUCAUCAUUAGAUCAAAUAGAAUAAUCUGAAAUAAUAUUUACAUCACCCAUAGGUAAAUGGCAUUAUUUAGCAUUUGGUAAUGGACUUCCUCCAACUAAAUUUGCAGCUGCCACUGUUAGUAUAGGAUUGAAUAAAGAUUUCAGUUCUGUUGUUCAUUUUAAGAAUCCAUUUAAAGAUCCAAUUACAGUUAAAAUUGAUUUAGAUGCAUAAGGACAUAAUAAAGACAUUUUUAGAUUAUUAACAAGCAAAAAUGAUAAAGUUUUAAUUCCAGGAAUGAAUGUUUUAUAAAUUCCUUAUUCAUUUGUUCCAAGAGAAAUUACAAGUUAUUAUGCUGAAGUUAUUGUUUAAAUGAAUGAAAAGAUUUCUUGGAUAUUCCCUAUUAAAGGUGUUACUGAAAGUGUUUCAAAUUAAACUUUAUUUCAUUUUAAAGCCAAAUGUAGAGAUAAAUGGGAGGAUGAGAUUAAAAUAGGUUUAUAAGGAAUUGCUCAAAGUUUGUAAGCUGAUGAUAAAUUUGAAUUCGAGUUAGGUAAUGUACCUGUUGAUUUAUAACAAAUGAUUUAAAAAUGCUUUAGUGUUAAAUGUACUAAAAAUUAUUUAAGUAAUCCUCAUGAGAAUCUUCAUUAUGCAGUAAGAUUUUAACCUAUGAAACCAUUUAAAGCUAGUCUCGAAUUCAUUGUUUUGAGAUAAAGUGGAGGCAGAUGGAAGUAUUCAUAUAUAUAUAUAUUUUUAGAUAUAAAAUAAUAUUAGAAGCAACACCACCUGAUGAAGAUGAUGUUAUUAUCAUUAGUUCUCCUUUAAAUAAAACUACCAGUGUCUCAUUCAAACUUACAAACAAAACAAAAAACUAUGCCAAAUUCAAUGCAGGUUUCACUCCAGAUUCUGAUGCAGAAUUUUCUAUUAUACCUAAAGUUGGUGAUUUAGAACCUUAUGGUAGAGAAGGAACUACCUUUGUAAUAUCAUUUACUCCUAUUGAAUAUGGCAAAAUUAGAAAAGGCAAAUUAAUCAUCUAGACUGAUGAGAUGUACUGGUACUAAUUAUUAUUUUAUAUCGUUUAGGUCAUAUGUCAUUAAAGGUAUACUUCCAAGAUAUGUACCUCCUCAAAUUAAACAUUCAUCUAUUGACACUCAUCUAAGUUAAUCUCUCAUACAACAGUCAUCUCUUAUGGAUAUAUCCAAAAACUUUGUUAUUGAUAAUAUUAAAAAAGCCAGAUAACUCACUCCUCCUUCAUCCAGAAAGUAAAUCUUAUCAGAAGUAUCCUUUAUAAAGAAAUGAG